CCAGUUUAAGAUGAGAUGUUUAUUUUCUCUCCUCAGUACGCCAUCGUGUUCAAAACGCCGCCCUAUCACAGCGCAGAGAUCGAGCGACCCGUCACCGUCUUCCUGCAGCUGAAGAGGAAAAAGGCGGGCGACAGCAGCGACCCCAAACAGUUCACCUACAUCCCGCAGGUUCAAGACAAAGAGGAGGUGCUGAGGAAGAAGCAGAAGCCGCUGCCUCACUAUGAGCCCUGGAGAGGAGGAGGAGGAAGAGGAGGAGGAGCCGGGGGAUUCGGAGGAGGAGGCGCUGGAGGAGGAGGAGGAGGAGGAGGAGGAGGAUUUCAGUUCAACCAGCAGAUGAACGGAUCAGGAGGAGCAGCAGGAGUUUUCUUCCCUGGAGGAUUCACAGGGUUCAGCGUAGGGGCUCAGAUGUCAGGCUCCACCCCUCAGACGGGGGUAACUCUGCAACAGACAGACGGACAGACAGGACAGACAGGACAGACUGGAGGACAGACGGGCUCACCACUACAACAGCAGCUGUUUCAGCUCGCCGCCGCCCUCCACAACAGAGCCUCUCAGAACGCCAGACAGACCGCCACCGCCCUGCUGCAGUACUGCAGCACCGGGGACGCCCGGGUCCUUCUGGCUAUCCAGAGACACCUCUGUGGUGUCCAGGACGGCAACGGAGACACUCCUUUGCACCUGGCCAUCAUCCAUCAGCAGACAGGUGUGAUCCAGCAGCUGAUCCACACUCUGCUCAGCAGCCAGCAGCAAAACAUCCUCAACACGGCAAACCACCUCCGACAGACUCCUCUUCACCUGGCCGUGAUCACCCGGCAGGUGAAGGUGGUGGAGGUGCUGCUGAGGGCCGGCGCCGACCCCACCCUGCUGGACAAAGACGGCCGCAGUCCGCUCCACCUGGCAGCGCUGGCCGGAGACAAUGCCACGCUCCGCCCCCUGCUGGCUCACCUGGGAGAAAGACACGCCCACCUGGUCAACACCCCUGACUACCACGGUCUCCAUCCUCUCCACCUGGCGGUGAGGCGUGAUGGCGAGCGCUGCCUCCGCCUCCUGGUGGAGGGCGGAGCCAAAAUCAACGCACCUGAGCAGAAGAGUGGAAACACUGCGCUGCACCUGGCCGUGAGGGAAAACCUGUUCAAGGUGGCCUGCACUCUCAUCACAGAGCUGAAGGCGGACGUCAACGCCAGCACGUUCGGAGGAAACACACCUUUACACCUGGCAGCCAGUCUGGGCUCCCCGACCCUCUGCUCCAUGCUCAUCGCUGCAGGUGCCGAUAAAAACAUGGAGAACGACGAGCCGCUCUUCUUCAGCUCCUCCUCAGACGAAGAGCAGGACGAAGACCAACCAAUCAGAGAGCAGGACGGCGCCUCGCAACCAGUCAACCCUCGCAAGAGACCUGCGGGAGGACACACCCCCCUGGACCUCGCCAAGUGCCAAAAGGUGAGGAACCUGUUAAACUCCAGACAGAGUCCGAAGUCGAGUCGUCACAGCAGUAAGAAGAUGAAAUCGAGCAGCUCUGAAGUGACCGAGGCUCCGGGGCUGGACGAGGACACGCUGUCCCGCCUGGUGGAGGUGCUGAGUGUCGGAGACGUCCCCUGGAAGAAGCUGGCGGAGCAGCUGGGGAUGAUGACGCUGACUCACCUGUACCUGGACAGUCCCACGCCCUGCCACCACCUGCUGCAGCACUACCAGCUGGGCGGCGGUCCGGUCGAAGGUCUGGUUGACGCUCUUCAGUCUCUCGGUCUGACGGAGGGAGUCCGACUGCUGAGGAACGCCGAGCUGCGAGACGACAAACACAGCACAGACGCCACCGUUGACAGCGGCUUCGGCAGCCAGCCAAUGGAGGAAGAGGAGCCGCCUGUGGCCAAUCAGUGACGAGCAGGAAAUAAAAAAUCCCGUCAUCUCAUCCUGCAGGAGAACCUGGACUCUGCAGGAACCAGGACUCUGCAGGAACCUGGACUCUGCAGGAACCAGGACCCAGAUCGGGACUUUAACCAGCAGGCGGACUUGAAUCCUCCCGCAGAGACUCUGAUGCUUUUUUUUUCCGGUGGACUUGGACUCGAAUGUUUGUUGACCUGCAGGAGACGGCGGCUGCGUUCACAGCGACACAAAGAUCACAAAGAUCAGCAACAUUUUCCGUCACAGAAGCCAAAAUCUAAGAGAUUUACCCCAAAACAAGAAAAACAAACUUGUUUGAAAUGAAUGAAUUCAAAGAAACUACGAUCGAAACAGCAGAAUAAAUACGA